AUGAUUUUUGUUUUUCCAGGUCAAGGUUCUCAAUAUGUAGGAAUGGGAAAAAGCCUAUAUAAUGAAUUUUCUGUUGCUAAGCAGGUGUUUGAUGAAGUUGAUAGUGUAUUGAAUAGAAAAUUAUCUAACAUAAUUUUCAAUGGCCCUAUUGAAGAAUUAACUAUUACAGAAAAUGCUCAACCAGCCAUAAUGGUGGUGUCAAUAGCAAUACUACGUGUUACUGAGUAUAUACUUG